GAGGGAGGGGCUGGUGUUUCUUUUUUCUGCCAAGUCAUCGCACAAGUCAUAGAAUCCUUUGUACCUGUGAUCAGAGGGCUUGAUACCCACACCAUUUGCUUGGAGUCCUUCUGCAAGGCAGCCUUGUGAUACACUGAGGAUGUCUCAGAGCGUCAAGUCCUUCUACGACCUCAGCGCCGUCACCCUGGACGGGGACAAGCUGGACUUCAAUAAUUUACGAGGCAGGGUGGUCUUGAUCGAGAAUGUGGCUUCCCUCUGAGGCACGACCACAAGGGACUUUACCCAGCUCAACGAACUCCAGCGGCGCUACCCGCACCGCUUCGUCGUGCUGGGCUUCCCUUGCAACCAGUUCGGCUACCAGGAAAACAGUCAUAAUGAGGAGAUACUCAAUUCUCUGAAGUAUGUCCGGCCUGGAGGUGGCUUUGAGCCCAAUUUCACCAUGUUCCAGAAGUGCGAGGUCAAUGGUGUUGGCACACACCCCAUUUUUGCCUUCCUGAAGGAGAAGUUGCCCGUCCCUUCGGAUGAUCCCUUAUCCUUGAUGAAAGAUCCCAAAUUCAUCAUCUGGAGCCCCGUCUGCCGAUCAGAUAUUGGCUGGAAUUUUGAGAAAUUUCUCAUCGGGCCUGACGGAGAACCUUUCAAGCGCUACAGCAAAAUGUUCGAAACCAUCCAGAUUGAACCUGACAUCCAAAGGCUAUUGAAAAUUGCCAAGUAAAGAAUCCAAGUUAGCAGAAAAAGCAAGGAGGCGGAUUACAUAUCACUUUCACUAAUGAGAAAGAUGCACAAUCCUUUUCGUUGACCCGUAUGGAUAUAAACCCUAAAAAUCAAGCACAGAAUUUGGUUGCAGUCCAAAAAGAUUAAGAGAUGUGGUGAUAUUUUUAGCCUAAUCAUUUGAACUUGCAUCUACCUUGCCGUCUACCCUUUUCCAUCUUUGUAAAUUUCAGUUUGCUACCUAAUCCUCUUAAUCCUUUAGUAAACUUCCUUCCGGUUGAAGAAAUAUUUGUAGUUAAAACAAACUGCAUUUUGUAAAUUUUUUUUGUAUCACAUUUUGGAACAUACUCUCUUUGCUAACAUUUUGUCUUUCUCAUUGUUCAUCUGAAAAUUCUAAAGGAUCUUUUUAUUCACUCUAAAAUGAUAAUCUGAGAUUUAGUUUUGUACACAUCAGGAACUUAUGCAGUCCUGCUGAAUGUCUUGUUGUCCAUGUGGACUGAAAAUACCGCGCAUAAAGAUUUAGGGACACAAGACAGUUUUUGUGGAUAAGAACAUAAGAAAUAGGAACAGAAGUAGACCAUUCAGCCCCUCGAGCCUGCUCUGCCUUUCAAUAAGAUCAUGGCUGAUCAUCUUGUGUUUCGAUUUCCACAUUCCCAUCUAACCCUGAUAACCUUCAAUUCCCUUGCCUAACAAAACUCUAUCAACCUCUGCCUUAAAAAUAUUCAAUGACCCCGUCUCCACCGCCUUCUAAGGCAGAGAAUUCCAAAGUCGCACAACCCUCUGAGAGAAAAAAAUUCUCCUCAUCUCUGUCCCAAAAGGGCGAGCCCUAAUUUUAAAACAGUGCCCCCUAGUUCUGGACACAUCCUUUUGAUAUCCACCUUGACAGGGCCAUUCAGGAUCUUGUAUACAUCAAUCAAAUCACCCCUCACUCUUCUAAACUCCAGUGGAAACAAGCCCAGCCUGCCCAAUCUUUCCUCAUAAGACAACCCACUUAUUCCAGGUAUCAAUCUAGUAAACUUUCUUUGAACCGCCUCCAAUGGGUUAAACCACAGCAGUAAUAAAAGGUGACACCAUCUAAUACCCCAAUGUAAAACUGUAAAUGUUCUUCUAGCUAGUCAACCCCCUAUGGCAUCUCCAAGUUACUCUGCAGCAAACCCCAAAAAGUGCCGAGGAUUUGCUUUGUCUGAAAUGAUGCGUUGUAGAAAUAGUUAUACUUCCGUUAGAAGUUUUUUUUUGUUGAAAACAGUGCUUCCAUUCUUCAGAACUUUACCGAAUGACGGUAUCAUCCUAAAUCCAAUGGGGAAGAUGCCAGAAAAACAGAGAAAGUUGCUGAGAUGUCUGGAUGUCACCGUUUGAAACUUCUUGGAAGUGUGAAUUUUGGGAAGCAAAAAUGACUAGUAAAAGAAUAUCUGAAAACAAA